UCACUGCGCAGGCUCGCCAGGCAUAUUAAGCAUGUCCCUUAAGAGCUACCGUAUAUCCGUAAGACGAAUAAUAAUAAUAGGUGGAGCGAAUCGUUGUACGACUUCCGGAGUCAGCGAGUCGUGAUGGCGGAAUAUGCUUGUGUUAAGAAGACCAAGCUAGUUCUUAAGGGGACGAAAUCAAAAAGUAAGAAAAAAAACCAAGAUAAAAAGCGGAAAAGAGAAGAAAACAUUGAAGAUCAACUUGAUGUUGUUGAAGGCUGGUGGACAGUAACAAACUUUGGUGAAAUCACAGGAACUGUAGCAAUAGAAAUGGGUCUUGGAACCUAUAUGAGUGCUCUUGACAAUGGCCUUUUUACACUUGGGGCCCCACACAAAGAUGAAGGCCCUAGCCCUCCUGAACAAUUUACUGCUAUCAAGCUGUCAGAUACAAGAAUUGCAUUGAAAUCAGGGUAUGGUAAAUAUCUUGGCAUUAAUUCAGAAGGACUGGUUAUUGGACGCUCUGAUGCAAUAGGUUCCAGGGAGCAGUGGGAGCCGGUGUUUGAAGAGGGGAAAAUGGCUCUGUUAGCAGCAAACAGCUGCUUUAUCAGCUGUAAUGAAGAAGGCGAUAUAGUAGCCAAAAGUAAAACGGCAGGAAGUGAGGAAAUGAUUAAGAUCAGAACAUGCGCCGAAAGAGAAGCCAAGAAAAAAGAUGACAUUCCAGAAGAAGACAAAGGCAAUGUGAAGCAAUGUGAAAUAAAUUACGUGAAGAAAUUUCAGAGUUUUCAAGACCGUAAACUCAAAGUAAGUCAAGAAGACAGUAAAGCUUUAAAAAAAGCUAGGAAAGAAGGCACUUUUCAUGAGGCCCUGCUGGACAGGAGAUCGAAAUUGAAAGCUGACAGAUACUGCAAAUAGUCAAAAUAGAAACUGGUGUUUUAUUUCAUGUCUUCUUUUAUCUGUGGCUCUUUUGUAUGUGAAUUCUCUUUGGAAAAAACACAUUUUUUGUGGAAUAAACUUAAAUUACACUUCAGGUUUAUUGUCGGCUAUGAAUUUUACUAUUUGCUAUCUUCCUGUUUUAGAUGGGGGGCAUUAUUAGUAUGUUUGUUUUACUAUUUUAACUUUUUAGUUUUUUAACUUACAUUGUGAUCAGGUUUUUAUUGUGAUGCCUACAUAAACAGGUGGGAUAGAAGUAUUAUCAACAGUAUUUGGAUGAACAAAUAUUAUGUAGUGUUUUAAAUUGUAGUCUUGACAAUAAUUUUCUAAGAAGCAAAAUCAUCUGAAUUCCGUGGAAACAUCUUCUGAACAAUUGCUUCUCUUCUUAUUUUACACUUUUUCCCCCUUAUUUUACACUUUUAUGUGUGGUAUGCUUAGUAACACCUCAUAUGGAAAGCCAUGCCUGCUGGAAAGUUGAGCACAUAGGAUCCAAGUGUGAGGCUAUUUUUGCUGCUCAGUUCACAUUUUCCUAGUUAAAGUUUGUUCCAAAACC